UCCAGUUUCCUUUGAUUAUAUAGACUGAUAUAAGAGCUUUUUCCAUCUGCUUGUGUUUUUUUUUUUGGACGGACUGACAUUUUGCAGUCGUUGCAUUCAAAUCCUAGAGCCCCAUUUAGACAAUACACAGUGUGGAUUUUAAAGUCUACGUUUUAAGCAACUGUUUUUAUCCAUGUGUUUGAGUCUCUGUCCUUUUUAGCUAUAGUGAAGCUCAGACAGGGGUGUCAUCAUGCCCAGGCUGAGGGCUAGACAAGGUCCACCACCUGAAGACACGUGCGAGCUCUCCAUGGACGCGGACGAGACUCGUUCUCACUGUUUGCGAAUAAAAUGUUUGAAAAAGACAUCUCCUCUGAGCAAAUAUAUCGAGGCCGAACACCAGCAAGCAGGGCUCUUCUGUCUGUCUUCGGUGGAGGCCAUCGCUGAUCUCACAGCUGACCUCCAGAAGAGGAAGAGGAAGAAGUGUGGCGCCUGCGUUCCCUGUCUUCGCAAAGAGAACUGUGAUACCUGCUCAAACUGUCUGAACCGCAGGACGCGCAAGCAGAUCUGCAAGGAGCGCAAAUGUGAACAGCUGAAGAAGAGACAGAGUGAGGGCCAAGAGAGUGAGGUGGGACAUUUUGAAGACAACAGUCAAGACUGUGUGGGACCCCUUGAACUAGCAGCUGAGACUGUUCACAAAGUCACUACAGUGGAUGGCCUCACAAACGGAGGCCAGAUGGAAACUGGUUCACAUGACCGCCUCCAAGAAGGCACGUUGAGCCAGGAAUUGGCCAAUGGGGUGAACCCCUACCGUAACCAUGAUGAGGCAUCUAUGGAGAAAGAUGAGGAGAGGACAGGAAAUGUGGCUGAAAGGCAAUGCUGGGUGCAGGCAAAUAGCAAGAUCAAAGACACCCAACAGCAGCAAUCAGGCUGGAGCAACAGUGGUGGCACAACCUCUCCUGAGGGGAUCCACCAUGCAGAUUUGGAAGAUGCUCAGAAUCUGGUAGCUUUUUCUUCUACUGUUAGCUCUUAUCCUCCCUCUUCCUCAUCAUCUUGCCUUGUUGUGCAGCCUAAUACAGCCCAGUUAUAUGAGAAGUUCACCCAAGAGACACGUGCUGAUGGUGCUCAUUCUAAAGUCUCUGCAGGAGCUUCUGAAACAAGCUACGAACCUCUGGAAGACCUUGACAUCUUACAGACAGCACUGAGCCAAGCUAAACAUGGCCACAAGCCCCCUAAUUGCAACUGUGAUGGGCCUGGUUGUCCAGACUACCUUGAGUGGUUGGAGAAGAAAAUUAAAUUAGCAACUAGAAGGGAACAAGGAUCUCACAAAACAGAUGAAGAGGCUUCCCAUUUGGAGCAACCCCAUGUGCAGCAUCAACCUCCGACCUACCAACAAGUAAAUGGUACCCACCAUAUAGCCACUUCAUGUUUGCAGCAGCGGCAGGAAGUUAAUCAAUACUCUCACCAAGACCAAGUGCCCUCCUCCAAACCCCCUAUUCCUUGCUCCCCCCAGGUGCUUUCCAUAGCCAAGGAAAAAAACAUCAGUCUUCAAACCGCCCUUGCAAUAGACGCACUGACACAGUUAUCCAGCCCUCAAACUGUCGGUUCCCUAGGUCAAACUUUGUUCAGAAAUAACCUCCACAACCACCAAAACUCACAGAACAUCACACCUUCCUCUCUUAACGGCAACCCAUCAUCACGGUCCCAGUCUGUCCCCCCAGGACUACAUACCAACCAGCAGGCUCCAGCAUCUUAUGAACACCAUAGACCCCAGUCCCAGGGCCAGCCAGCCAAUACUUGUCCUCUUCCAUCCUCUACCUCUCCGUUCCCAAGUCAGGAAAAAGCUCCAGAUUUCAGUCCUAAUCCACAGCAGUGGAGGCAGGGCUCUAAUAGAGAUUCUGGAAAGAGGAAUCAAUGGAUGUACAUCAAGCCUGAGCCCCAUUCUCACUUUGUAACUUCACCUCCAAAUAGCUCAGAUCCCAUGUCAGAGCUUAAACAGCUGCUUGGUGACACCAAGUUUAAAAAUGCUUCUUUUAAUCUUCCACUCACACAGCAGCUUAACAUGAAUCACAAUGGUGGAAUUCAGGUCCAGGGCAGCCAAGGAUUGGUCAGGAUAAAACCAGACCCAGACGCUGGUGAGCAUCACACUUCCUCAACUGGACAUUAUGGACUAACUAAUGGUCAACAACAAGGUCAGCAUUACCCUGGAAAUCCUAUGUCUCAUGGCCAAACAGUCAUAAGUAACUCCACUCAAGCAGCUCUACAACAGCACCUUCAUUACAAGAGGAAACUGUUCUCUACACAUUCUUCUAGCUGUGCAGCACCAGACCCCCGUGCACCUAUCACUUGCCAAAGCUUGAAAAAAUGGUGGCCACACAUGGAUGCGGAAGGUUUGUCCCUUCUACCUAUCAAACAGGAACCCAAGAAGAGGAAAAACUCCCAAGGAUCUCCUGUUAUGAAAUCAAUGGGUGGUAUGCUUAUAGGUCCUCCCCUUCCCAAGCCCAAACAGAUAAUCAUCAAGAAGAACAAGCAGAAAGCCUCCAUGCCGACCUUCAUCCCUCAGGCACAAAUCGCCAUACAAAAACCACCAGUUCAGAUGAUGGACAAAUCACUAUCCCUGACCAAUUUGCAGAUAAGCUCUCUCCCCUCUUUGGCCCACCUCAGUAACUCCGCUCAGGCUUCUGCUGCAGGUCUCCCUGCCCCAGAACAAUCUCAGGUAUCCAUUUCCAACACCUCACAAACUCCUUCUUCCAAUGUUACAUCAGAAAACGCUCCAGCUCUCGUGGACCUUUUGUCCACACCUGUGGUUCCUGCAGCCAUCCCAAAAUCAGAAGAAGGAGGCAUCAGUGUAACCUCCACCAACACCAGCAAUGCCACACCUGUGACCUCCACAACUCCAUCCUCCACCUCACAAUUGCAGAAACUUGUUAACAUUGAUCCGAAGUACGAAGAACUGAUUCGCCAGUUUGAGGCAGAAUUUGGAGACCCAGACAUGUCUGCAAGUCAGCGCAAGGAGAAGCCCACUCCAGCCCCUACACAAGAGAGUCAAUCCCCAAACAGUAAUCAGAACCUCAGUCUUACACCAUCCAACACCGCCCAGUCUGUUUCCUCAAUUCCUACUCCUCAAGCCAACACCACACCUCAUUCAGAUAAUCAGAAAAUGGAAGUCAGCAAGACUGACUCAGAUACCCAAUCUGAAUUAACAGUUAGCCAGCCGUCAAAAGAGGGCUCUUUGAGUCAUCAACAUACUAAACUCAUUGAUGUUUCUCUGAACCCUGAGACAAUUUUGGGCAAGCAGCUGCUGCAGCAAAGAAUGUUAGAGGAUGCGUUGGGCAUGCAAGACUCUCCAUUGCCUAAACGAAUUAAAAUUGAAAAUUCAGGAGACUUAGCGAUUCUGUCCACCACGUGCUUUUCUGCAGAGGGAACGGCAAUAAAGGAUGGACUAAAUUCUUCACCAUCUCUAAAAGGUUUUCUAGAUUCCCCCUUGUGCUACUUGGACACCCCGACAAAGAACCUGUUGGAUACUCCAAUAAAGGAUCCACAAUCAGAGUUCCCAACUUGUACCUGUGUGGAACAAAUUUCGGAGAAAGAUGAAGGGCCGUACUACAAUCACCUGGGAUCUGGGCCUACAGUAGCCUCCAUACGAACCCUGAUGGAGAUGAGAUAUGGACAGAAGGGGGAAGCAGUUCGGAUUGAGAAGGUGGUAUACACAGGCAAAGAGGGGAAGAGCUCCCAUGGCUGUCCUAUCGCCAAGUGGGUGAUUCGUCGAAGCAGCGAGAAAGAGAAACUGCUGUGUCUGGUGCGUCAGCGUGCUGGCCACCACUGUGCAAACGCAGUCAUCAUCGUUGUCAUCUUAGCCUGGGAAGGCGUCCCAAGAGUCCUGGCAGACAAGCUUUACCACGAGGUGACCGACACCCUCACUAGAUAUGGCAACCCCACCAGCCGACGCUGCGGGCUCAAUGACGAUCGUACCUGUGCCUGUCAGGGCAAAGACUCAGAAAAGUGUGGUGCUUCCUUCUCUUUUGGAUGCUCCUGGAGUAUGUACUUUAACGGUUGUAAGUACGCCCGAAGCAAAACCCCCCGCAAGUUCAGACUACAAGGAGAUCAUCCUGAAGAGGAGGAGAAACUCAGGGAUAACUUCCAAAAUCUGGCAACAGAGGUGGCUCCUUUGUACAAGCGACUGGCGCCACAGGCAUACACCAACCAGUGUGCAGCAGAGCAGCGAGCUCCAGAGUGCAGGCUGGGUUUGAAGGAAGGCCGUCCCUUCUCUGGAAUCACAGCUUGCAUGGACUUCUGUGCCCACGCUCACAAGGACCAGCAUAACCUGCACAAUGGCUGCACAGUGGUGUGUACAUUGACUAAGGAGGACAAUCGGAAAGUAGGGGAAAUCCCUGAAGAUGAGCAGCUCCAUGUGCUGCCACUGUACACAGUAUCACUGACAGACGAGUUUGGCAGUGCAGAGGCCCAGCGCCGCAAGAUGCAGAACGGAGCCAUACAGGUACUUCAGGCUUUCCGUCGAGAGGUACGCAAGUUACCCGAGCCGGCUAAAUCUUGCCGGCAGCGUAGGCUGGAGGCCAAGAAGGCUGCCUCAGAGAAGAAGAAAAGUAAACUCGCACAGCAGGCAGGGGAAACACCUGAGAAAACAGUGGUCAAGUCUGAGCUCUGCAUCACCAGCUCGCCCCACCCGCCGGCCAAUAAAGAAAUGAUGAACCAGGACACGAAGCCAAACAUCAAGAUUGAGCCCCUCAACGGAUCAAGAGAUGGAUACCCUGUGCAGGCAACGGACCCAUUCAAUAACAUCUAUCAGAAUCCUGCCUACUAUGCAAGGGGAGCCCAUUCUCCAGCUGGCCAGCCCUCUGCCGCAGACACAGUAAAUGGCUACCACCCCAAUCUACCUGCAAUGCCCUAUGGCUAUUACAAUUACCCCCCCAACGCCCUUUUCCCUCGUAAGUUGAGAACCUAUGAAGGUCGAAGUAAACCUGGCCAGGCUGACAGAAAGUUUGACGCUCAGAGCCCACAGGGCCAAAUGCUUCAGUCAUCAAACAGCCACCCAGAGCAAAACAACCAACCAAAUAACAGCACUAACACCCAGCAUGCAAACUAUAACGUAUCCCGUCCUUCUUCUGUCUCCUCUGAGCCAUCUGAAAGAGGCCUUCCACUCAUCAAAAAGGAGCCUAUGGAUGUGCCAGUCUAUGAAGGUGCUUUGCCGAGCCAUGCUUGUGCCAACACAUCAAGAAGCACCCCCCCACCUGUGCAGUGGCCUGGUUAUAAGAUUAAUGGAAGCCUUGUUUCAAAUAACUGGGAUGGCCAACUAAAGCAUAGAGAAAGUCCUGAUGUCUCUUCUUUCAACGCAGACAAGCAGCAGUUUCACCAGCAUGCCCAACAGCACCAGUCCUCUCCUUAUUCUCAGCAGUGGAUAUCCCUCCCGUGCUCAAACCCCCCAAUAGCUUCCACCAACCCAACACUCCAGGUACCUGCAUCUCCACCUCCAUCCCCUCACCGUGGCACUGGACUCCAGGGUAAUCUAUACCAAGGCUCCAUAUGCCAUGGCACUCCCUACCCGGGUACACCACAACCUGUUACCUCUCACUCUGGCUCAGUAACUCCAAAGCCUGGGACUCCACGCCCAGGCACCCCAGUCACUGGUCUUCCAGGUCCACCCACCCCUGGCCCUGGAACCCCAGGUCAAGUUACCCCUAGGCACUGGGCUAGUCCUGCUCCUAGCCCCCAGCCAAAUCCUUGGGGCAUGGGACCGGCUGCUUAUAGCCCUGGUUUGAAGCACAGCAAUCCUGCAGGAGCCUAUCCUGACAAGAUUUGGUCCAAGACCGGGGAGAAUCGAUGUUCCACUCCCCUCGGGCUCCAAGAAAAGGCCUGGAAGUCUUGCGGAGGUUCAUUGGCAGGCAGCACACCUUCCCCUGCUCCCGAGGGUCGCUUGUUCCCCGAUGCCCUGCAGCAGUCUGAUCUGGGCCAUUGCGACCCCUUCCAGGCUGAGAGUGACGUUGAAAGUUCCAAGCAUCGUGAAGAGGACGAGGUGUGGUCUGACAGUGAACACAACUUCUUGGAUCCCACAAUUGGUGGUGUAGCAAUAGCACCAGCCCAUGGUUCCGUCCUGAUAGAAUGUGCCCGCCGGGAACUGCAUGCCACCACUCCGCUAAAGAGGCCCGAUCGCACUCAUCCCACUCGCAUCUCCCUGGUCUUCUACCAGCACAAGAACCUCAAUCAGCCAAUGCACGGCCUGGCUGUGUGGGAGGCCAAAAUGAAGCUGCUGGCAGAGCGAGCGCUGCAAAGGCAGCAGGAGGCAGCUCUCCUUGGCCUCUCCCAGGAAGACAUCAAGGCACUUGGGAAGAAACGCAAGUGGGGAUCUAUGAUGGCAGGCACCAGCCCAGGACCUGGACAGUCUAAAGACAAGAAAGAUGGCCCAGUGACACGGUUAUGUCCCACUUUCUACACCACCUCUAUGGUUACUGUGUCUCCCUAUGCCUUCACUAGCGUCACUGGGCCCUACAGCCACUUUGUCUGAGGCCAGGCAGAUGCAGAAAGACUGCAAGCACCAUAGUGGUGCAGUGGACAGGUAGAGAGGGCAAUGAGCAGGAGAAAUGUCUAUUUGCUGUUUCACAGUCGGGCAUCUCUCCAUCCAGCCCCCUCCGAAGUCUAUAAGGAGGAGGGGAUGUUUUUAUUGUUUUUUUACCUCAUGUCAGGCAGUGGUGUGGGCUGCAGACACACUGCCUGUGGUGCUCUUCCUCUCUCAUUUCUGGAGAGGAACUCCAUUGCUUUUUCUUGUUUAUAAAAUUUUAAUGAUUCUAAUUAUUGCUAUUAUUAUGAUUGCUAUUGUUACUGUCAAUGGUUGUUAUUACAGGUAUUAUAAUGAACACUUGUUUUUUUAUUAUUACUGUUUUCAUUAAUGUUAUUAUUAAUGGGAUAAUUGCUUUUUGUUGUUUUUGCAUUUCUUUUAAAUCAGUCAGUCUGAGUAAGUCAGACUAUUGCUUGUUUGGAAACAUUGUACCCCUUUUUUCUGUUUGAUUUCCUUUCUCCGUGUCAAUCUGAAACUCUAUUUACAGGAGGAGCAACAAUUUGCCCCAUCAGACACAAAAGUAACCUUCGAGAAAUUGCAAUCAUGAUUGCGUGCAAAAUAAAAUAGAUAUGUCCGAGAUAUCUAUCAGAAAACGAUUUUGCAACAAGAACCCCAAGAAUGAUCUCUGAAGCCCAAAGGUUUCAGGUUUCAGAUCAGGUUAGUUUAGUCUUGUCUUCUGAUCUUUAUUGAAACUUUUUCAUAAAUAAUUUAAACUAAAUAAAUCAAACCAAUCAUGAAAAUAUUACAUUAGGAUUCAAUGGCUUGGUGAAAAGUGAUUGUGUUGAAAGCAGACUCACUCACUUUGUGGACGUCUGUCUGUGUUUAGGUCAUGUGCUCCUCCUGUUUAGCUGCACUCCUCCAAUUUUUAACUGGUGCUCAGCUCCUGGUUCUGAUCGGUUCUCCAUCAGCUUCUCUUCAUGGCACUUGAUGCUGUAUUUUGGUGCUCAAAUCUGACUCUUGUAGUGUUUGCGGGGUGGGGGGGGGGGGUGGGUUGUUAAAUGCUGUUAUUUUGACUUAGGUGGGGCCGCAAAGUGAAGGCUUUCAUUGUCUUAAAGACCCUGGAGCAAUAAUUAUGUUUUGCAAAGACAAGUUUAAGGACUCUGCCCUUAAAUAAUACACUUUGUUUAACAUAAUUCCCCACCAUUAGAACUGAGGUAUCAUGUUUUCUCUUCACAGAAGUAAAGACAACUUGCAAAUGCUAUUUGAGUCAGAUCUGCAAUUUCCACAUGGGUUUGAAGCAGGUGACGCUCUUUAUCUUCCCACGUCUGUUUAUUAGGGAUGAAAACUUUCCAUAGUAAACUCUAGAGGGCAGCAGUGCCUGCCAAUUCAGAGAUCCACUCAGAAACCAGUGAAGCCUUGCUUUGCUGCUUUAACCACCCAAGGCCAGUAGAGGGGGCCCUCACACCCUAUUUGCUGGCCAUUGGUAAGACUCUUUAAAGCUGACUUUUGUCCCUUUUCAGAACAAAUACAGCUGAAGUCUUGAGAUGCAUCUGGAAUGUUCACCCUGAGCUAUAGCAGAAGGAAAUAGUGCUGGGAUGGUGCUCCUACACACACUUUGGUGCUGUCCUUUUAAACUUGAUUUAGUGCAGAGGGCCCAGUCCUUCCUCUGUAUGGUGCUGUCAUCUUUGAGCAGGACAAGGCAUGUCCUUCUGCAAGCACCGUGGUGCACAGAGCCAGCCACUGGAAUUGGUUGUUGUGGGGUUGCAGCUUUGCCACUGGGCUCAAGAACUGGUUUCUGUUGAGGACCUUUUAGUGUUUUUGCUGGCUGACAGUAACAGAGAACACUGUCCAGGGCAAAGAAAGCACAGUCAGUCAUGACAUCUCUUAGUAACACAUCAGCAGCAGCGCUAUCCACUGAGAAAACAGUACCGAGAGGUAAAGGCAAACCAUAGAACAUUACUGUAGCUUCAGGGAGUAGGCGCCAAAUGCAAAUCAAAUAAUCUCUCACUUUGUGUACUGUAGGUGUAUGAGAAGGUGCGUCUGAAAGAACACAUUUAUACCCAAAACCAAAGAGAGAGACUACUUGAUAGCAUUUUCAGAGUACUUUGAAUCGCUUAUUUUAUACUUCCUACACAAUCCCAUAGUUUGCUUGUUGAAAAUGAGAACGAGUGACUGACAACUCUACAGAAGUGGUUGUUUGGGUCAAAGCCCAGGAAGAGGAUACUGGUCCCCUCCCCCCAGAGGCCCCCAGCGCUCUACCUCAUCCCGUAGAGACACUGGUCACAAUCACAACUUGCUACUGAGGGCAAAAAACCCCGCAUGUCCCUUUGUGUGCUCUAGAUUUCUACAUUCAUUUUAACUUGCUUUUUUUUUUUUACUCUUAUUUAUUACUACAUUGUGAUGAUGAUGAUAAUGAUGAAGAUUGUCUUUGAUGUUAUUUUCUUUUUCAUCUUUUUAUAUAGCUAAUACAAAUUGUAAAUAGAGAAGAAACGAUUUAUAAAAGCACUUUUAAUCUUGAUUUUAACGACAAAAGAAAGAGCCGAUUAUUGACAACUUGAAGCUUGUUUUUUUUUUUUUUUUCAUUUUCUCAAGAGAGAGAUAAAAAAUGUAAAUAUUAAACUAUUUAGGUAAGAUUAUUUAACUGGUGAGGAUAAUAACUAAACCAUGAACGACAUGGGGGUUAUGCUGAACUCUCAGAAAGCCCUUUACAACUCUCGAUUUUCGAUGUGUUGUGUGUAAUCUUUUGCUCAGUUACACUGCUGUUGCUUUCAGACGUACUGUACCCCAUGUCAGCCUGUAAAUGACAGAGCGGCCCAGGUAUGCGAUGUGUGGUAUGUGACAGUUAGCUUACACACUGUGGAGCCGCCCCUCCCCACACCUCCACUCUGUCACUCCUCCAAAAGAAUACAAGUUCAACUGGAGCCCCUGAGUUUAAGCUCUGUGCCCACAUUUCAUAUAAACACAGUUAGCAAAACUGACAAGUUUAUAGUCCAACUUUAUCUUCAUAUUGAGCAUAGCGAGGUUAAAAUCAACGGCAGCAGUGGGUUUGAUCAGAAGAUGGCGUUUCAGUGGGAUAAGCUAAAGCCUGCUAAUCGUGCCCAACAGGCUGCUUCCCCGCUUGUGAAGAUGUGUCUCUGAUCAACUGCUCUUGUGUCACUUAUAUUUCAGGAUGCACAAAGCAGAAUGAAAAUGAUGCUGACUGGAGUUGUGCUGGUGCAACGGCGCAGAGCCCGUUUUAUCCCAUGAGCAUAUUACAUAAUCCACAUUUUACAUUCUAAUGGUGCUGGGGAUGUUGUGUCCAACAAUUCCCACCUAACUUUGUAAAUCUCUAAAUGUCUCUCAUGUUCUUUUGGGGGUUCUCAUGAGACAGGCGGUGCUAUGACGUUAAAACCUUAAAAUUCACUGUGUAAAAAAAAAAAAAAAAAGAACCAUAGGAAAAAAAUGCAAAAUGAAUACCACAAAUAUUUUUUCUGAGCUCCUUGAAUGUCAAUAAAACUAUUUCUAAUCCAAGCAGUUCAGGAAGCUUCCCCUGGUGCUGACUUUAUCAAGAGGUCUUUUGUUACGCUACACAUUUACAUCUCUUUCUUCAGGGCUGGAGGGGCUCUCGGACAGCCACUCACAUCCUUUAUUAAUACUCAUUCCAUAAAUAUACUUUAAGCCAGUAAAAUUAGGAUGAGAAGUAGAAUCAGAAUAUAUGAGGACUGUUAUCCGGGGUUUAUAUUUGGUACAGCGAGUACCAAAGGCUCUUAGAAUAAUCUUUUUGAGGAUGUUGUAAAUGUACAUGUUAGAUGAAUGCUAAGGUAUUUGAACAAUCCCAGAAUUGUGUACUGCCUCCCUCUUUUACUCCCUUGUCAUGCACUUCCUUUCACUCACACCCAUAUUUUACUUCUAAACCUUAUAGCAUAGUUUGUUGUUCUGAACCACACAAAAAAUAAAAAGGCAUCACAUUAUCUAUGGCCCAAUGUUGAAAAAUUAGGAACGUGUAAUUUACCUAAGACUCUCCUAAUUAGGAACAGAGACUUGAACCCUGGCCCAGAUGAAAGAUGAAAAUGAACCUACACAAGUGGCAGCUACAUUCCUUUUUGAGUUGUAGGAUUGUUCUUGGUUCUUUAUUUUUGUCAAUGAUGCAGUAUGUAAAAAAAGAAGUGUUUUUGUUCAGUCUCUCUCUCUUUGUAGCUGUUUGGUGUAUGAUGUGAAUACAUAGUGUAUGUGGUUAAAAACCCCACAAUAUUGUUUUAUGUUGCGCGACAAAUAAAAAAUAUUAAAGUGAAA